AUGACCGCCGCGUUUGCCGCGGGAUACUCGUCGAAACACCACAGUCACUCACACAUCCGCUCAAAGCUCUAUCACGGCUCCUCCGGACGUCUCUUAACGCGACUCGAAGCUCUGAGCGAUCCGAAUUGGGCGGCGAGAGAACAAAGGACAAUCGCUGGUGCGGGAGGUGACAGGAUGCAACAAGUCUCGGUUGCUGGUAACAGUUGA